UUUAGAUGAUGAAACAUGUACAAAUUUCACCUUUUCGAAGUAGAGCCGACACAGUUUCGCUCAGUUCAGUUACUUCGUAUGGAAGUCUUAGUCCUGAACCCCUAGAAAGUCGCUCAUCCAGCUAUUCUUCCCUGGUUGAUACUGGAUCCACACAUUUUCAGAUAACCAUAAAGGUGUACGCAAGGUGUUUACGACCCGAUAUUGAAUAUAAAACACUCAGUAUUACAAAUAAAUCCACGUGCAAGGAAAUUGUUUCAACAUUACUUGGAAAAUAUAAAAUGAAACAUAGAGACCCAAAAUUAUUUUAUCUUAGUAUGGAGGUUACAGUAAGAAAAGCUGGAAUUAAGACAAAUUUACCUCUGGAUGAUGAAGCAAGGCCAGCAGCAUUACAAAGUUGUCACCCAAAAGGGGAUUCCAAGUUUUCUCUACAAACACGAAGAGGAGGCUUGAUAAAAGUUUUUGAUUCCGUAUUAAACUCCAACUCGCAAUACAAAAGUUUAUUAAUUAGUGCAAAAACAACUGUAGAUGAAUUAAUAUGUUUGCUUUUAAAUUGUUACAAUAGUAAGGAACGUUAUGAUCAUUUUUCACUGUAUGAAGUUAAUAUCAAGAAGAUGCAACAAAGAAAAUUGCAUCAUGAUGACAGACCACUUCAAGUACAGCUAACAUGGAAUUCAGUUCAUGAUUAUCAUUUUAUUGUUAAGAGAAAUCCAGAUUGCCUCCUUCUUUCUCGUCGAAAGGCAUUUUGGUUUUCGGAACCUUUUAAAGAAACAGAAAAUAGAAAUCCUAAAUCACAGCCAGCCCUGUGCUCAGAAAAAAUGAACAGUUCUUCAUUGUCAUUUUUAAACUCGAAUGGAAGUUCUUCAUAUGCAAACUAUGAAAACUACUUUUAUAUAUAGUGGUAGUGUUUUAUAUAUAUAUAUAUGUAU